CCAAUCAGGCGGGGCCACCCCCCAUUGGCCGGCCCGCGCGCAUCCGGGCCCGCACGCUCGGCCUGCCACACUCUUCAACAACCAACCAGACCACCCACUCCUCUCGCCCCCAUCACGCCUCCGCUCCAUCCAUUCCAUCCUCUCCGCCUCCGGUCAGCUCGCCAGAUCCUACCUCCACGCGCUAGGGUUCGCCCGCCCGUCGUCGCCACUCGCCAGCCAGCCAUGGCGUCCGGGAAGCACUUCAAGUACGUCGUCCUCGGCGGCGGGGUCUCCGGGGGGUACGCGGCGCGGGAGUUCGCCAAGCAGGGCGUGCAGCCGGGGGAGCUCGCCAUCAUCUCCAAGGAGGCCGUGGCUCCUUACGAGCGCCCUGCCCUCAGCAAGGCAUACCUGUUCCCCCAGAAUCCUGCAAGAUUGCCAGGAUUCCAUGUGUGCGUGGGAAGUGGAGGCGAGAGGCUCCUGCCUGAAUGGUACUCAGAGAAAGGCAUCGAGCUUAUCCUGAGCACUGAAAUUGUCAAAGCUGAUCUUGCUUCCAAGACUCUGACUAGUGAAGCUGGAGCAACCUUUACAUAUGAGAUCUUGCUAAUUGCUACUGGCUCCUCAGUCAUUAAGCUCUCUGAUUUUGGCACUCAAGGAGCUGAUUCUAACAACAUUCUGUACCUAAGGGAAGUUGACGAUGCGGACCAGCUGUAUGCAGCUAUCCAAGCAAAGAAGGGUGGGAAGGCAGUGGUUGUUGGAGGAGGUUACAUUGGCCUUGAACUAAGCGCAGUAUUGAAGAUGAACGAUCUUGAUGUGACUAUGGUGUUCCCUGAACCUUGGUGCAUGCCUCGUCUCUUCACUGCCGAGAUUGCGGCUUUCUACGAGAGUUACUAUACUAACAAAGGAGUCAAGAUCUUGAAGGGUACAAUUGCUGUUGGUUUUGAUGCUGACGCCAAUGGUGAUGUGACCGCAGUUAAGCUAAAGGACGGCAGUGUGCUCGACGCUGAUAUUGUUGUCGUCGGUGUUGGGGGCAGACCGUUGACUAAUCUCUUCAAAGGCCAAGUUGCCGAGGAGAAAGGUGGAAUCAAGACCGAUGCUUUUUUCGAAACAAGUGUCCCUGGAGUGUAUGCCGUUGGCGACGUGGCGACCUUCCCGAUGAAGAUCUACAACGACGAGAGGAGAGUGGAGCACGUUGACCAUUCCAGGAAGUCCGCGGAGCAGGCCGUGAAGGCGAUCAAGGGGAAAGAGGCGGGCUCUGCCGUGGAGGAGUACGACUACCUGCCCUACUUCUACUCGCGGUCGUUCGACCUGUCGUGGCAGUUCUACGGGGACAACGUCGGCGACGCCAUCCUGUUCGGCGACGCCGACCCCAGCUCCACCAAGCCCAAGUUCGGGUCGUACUGGGUCAAGGACGGCAAGUGUGUGGGCGCGUUCCUGGAGGGCGGGUCGCCGGACGAGAACGCCGCCAUCGCCAAGCUCGCGAGGGCCCAGCCGCCCGCCGCCAGCCCCGACGAGCUCAAGGCCGCCGGCCUCCAGUUCGCCAGCAAGAUCUGAUGUGGCCGUGCCGCUGAAGUGUCACGUUGGGCAUUAGAUUUGCAAAUACAUACAUACAUACAUAAACACAUAGCUCACUGCACAGUACAAUUUGGUCGAUGCUAUUGUGAUGUCUGUAUGCCACAUACUCUCUCAGUUUCUCCGCGCCUUUGAGGUUUCAAUAAAGCCCGCACCCCUACGGUCAGUUCAAUACA